AAAUGCAGCAUUAGCACAUUUCGGCAAAUUCUUCAUUUUCUCUCAAUUUUAUAUAAAAAGGGCAUUUUAUCAUUCAUCUUUCUCAAUUCGUUCAGUUUGAAACAAUUGGUAUAACCAAAGCCAUUUUGAGGUUAAUUGCGAUGAAAAAUAUAUGCGCAUUUGUCCUCGUUGCAAUUUUUUGUUAUCAAAUAUUUGAUACAGAAUGCAACAUAUUACCUCAAGCAAUACAAAUUAUAACACGCAAAAACAAUGUCUUUCAACUACAAUUGGGGGACUUGAAACGUAUACUGGAAAAUGACGUCAUCAAGGAUCGAUAUGUGGUUGUUGUUUCAAUUGCUGGUGCAUUUCGGAAAGGCAAAAGUUUUCUUAUGAAUAUUUUCAUAAAAUACUUGAAUGCAAAUUAUAAAGGUCGUCAUAUAUCAGAUUGGUUAGGUGAGAAUGGGGAAGGUUCCAUAGCAGGCGGCUUUUCAUGGCGAGGUGGACAAAAACCAGAAACAAUGGGAAUUUGGAUGUGGUCAGAAGUGUUUACCCACGACUCUGAAAAUGGGGAUAAGUUAGCAAUUGUUUUGAUCGAUACACAAGGCAUCUUUGACGAUAAAACUGGUUUCGAAGAUUGUACAAAGAUUUUUGCCAUAAGUACGAUGUUGUCAUCAGUCCAAUGUUUCAAUAUAAUGCAGCACAUCCAAGAAGAUCAUUUACAACAAUUGGAAUUUUUCACUGAAUAUGGUCGAAUUGCUCAAAUGCAAAAAAGCGCAAAACCAUUUCAAAAACUGCUUUUCAUAGUAAGAGACUGGCCGUAUUCACAUGAAACAAACUAUGGCAAUGGCCAAGCGCUCAUAGAUGAAAUAUUGACACCAACAGAGGAUCAAGCACUCGAAAUGCAAGAACUAAGAAAACGAAUUAAAUCCAGUUUUCAAAGCACGGAGGCAUAUUUACUGCCUCAUCCAGGUAGGAUCGUUGCUGAAGGCGAUGAAUUCACUGGUGAUGUUCAGCAAAUUGACCCGAAAUUUAGAAAGUACGUGAAAAAUUUGGUUAUUUCACUUUUUGCACCUGAAAAUCUCAUUGUAAAAAGAAUUAAUAGCCAAAAGAUGCGUGCUCAAGAUUUGGUUCAAUAUUUCGAAACAUAUUUGAACAUUUUCAAGGGAGAUUCAUUGCCAAAACCAAAAACAAUUAUUGAGGCGAAUAUAGAUGCAAGUAACACGAUUUUACAGAAAGAAUGCCAUAACUAUUAUAUUAAAACAAUGGAUAAAAAGUUAGAAGAACGUGAUCUAUCCGCAACUGAACUCAUUGACCUUCAUAAGCAAACAAAAUCAGAAGCAAUAUCACAGUUUUUGGAAAAACCAAAACUUGGUAGUGAUGACCAUGCUUCCACAUUUAAAAGCAAACUUGAAUAUGACAUAGAGGAAACGUACCAAAGAAUUGAAAAAGAUAAUUUGCAAAAACUAAAGUUUCACAUCGAACAAGAAGAACACAAACGAAAAAAUCGAAAACUCGAAAAAGAUAUUGAAGACAUGAGAAGAAAAAAAAAUACUGGCGGUUUAAAGAUAGCAUACACAAUUAUUGGAACGGGUGGUGGAUUACUUCUUACAUAUUUUGCAGGCCCCCUUUCUCCAUUUGUUGGUGGAAUUGCUGGUUUCAUAGCAGAUAGGUUAAGAUCAAAUAAUGAUUCUGAAUAAGAUUAAAGCAUUCAUUUAUAUAAUUUAUUAUUAUUAAUGUAAUUAAUAAAUGGCAAAAACUUUAUACAUUCUAAUACAGUUUGAAUAAAGUUUUUUUCAAUCUAUGUGUAGAAUAUCAAAACCAAUCAAUGAGUGAAAUCCUAAACAGUCAUAAUAAAAUUGCAAAUUACUUAAAAACUCAAAAUACACAUUUAUUCAAAUU